AUGGGAGAGAUAAUGAGUAAACUGGUCUUUGAUGCAACGGGAAAGUACAUUCACCCGACUCGCUAUCGACAGAUAGUGGAGACCGCGAGUUCCAGACAGCUGAGCAGCAACGCGCAGAGCACAAUCUCCGAGGACCAGAAACAUAACUCUGUUGUUGCAAGGGUUCACUAUCAGAAGCAACGAUCGUGCGAGGUGGCAAGUAAAGCACAUGAACAUUUGUACAGAUUGUAUGGAGACAAAGGAUCAGAGCUUGAAAUUGGCGUGCGCUCGUGGCGUUCAGGCGAUUCUGCGUCUUCUGAAGAUCGAAAUGGUAGCAAAACUGAUACUUCCUCAAACGACGAGGGAUAAACGAUCGCAGAAACAGCACCCGAGAGUGUUUCAGGUGUCCCAAGACUAGAGCGGGAAAAUGCUUUUAUAGUAUCACGUUUCCCGGCGAGAAAAAAGAGUCUGAUGUUCACCCCCGAAGAAGAAAAUUAUCUUAAAGCAGGCAUUGAGCGAUACGGCUACGGUCAAUGGAAAGCGAUUCUCAGAGAUAGCGAAUUUCGUUUUCAAAAGGGAAGGACUGCCAACUCACUGCUGAGGCGUGCAGCACGAAGAUUCGGAUCACUUUCUUAG